AUUGCCAUGAGUGCAUCCCUGAGUCUACCUGGCUGAUGGAAACAGGGCCUUCAAUCUUGAUAUUAGGUUGCUUUAAGGUGCCCGAAGGGUUCUCGAUCCCAGAGAAAAAGAAAACAAAGAGGGAUGACAGCUACAGUGAGAAGCCUCCUGGGCACGUUCAAUCCUCAGCCCAUGGAUAUCGACACCAACCCCACACUUUCCAGCAAGCAGUGGACCGAAGAUUUCCCUCCUUUUGAACAGCAAUACGUCAGGGUUUGGGCCCCGACUGUAUCCGCGGUGGAAGAAUUUCUAGGGCCCGGCAGGGACACCCCCUCCGGAGCUGAUGGGGUUGGACUUGAGACUGUCGCCCAUGUAUUGAACACCUACCCCCAAGUGGUAUCAAGUGAGGGCGACGUCACCCGGGAUUUUGACCAGAACAUCAUUGUGCCAGUCGCGUUGGCCUUUUCCGGCCACUCAGCCUGGUCCAGUCCCAGCCCUGGCGUGCAGGCCGUGCCGGGAGCGCCCACACUUUGGUCGCGAUCACUGGUCGGAGCGAAACGAGUAAGCUCGUCCACCAGAACAGUGGACUACCAAAUGACGAUGUCCCAUGUGGAGAGGUCCCUCGAGCGUCCUGCUAUGAUUGGAGAGAUGAAGAAACCCCGAGUGAUUCGGCGAAAGGAAUGGACGUUUGAAGAAGAGGCGAGUGGAACGACGAUCCGUCUUGCCCAGGAGCUCCGAGCAUAUGCCUGUGAAUAUCGUUGCCCACAGGUCUUUGUCUUUGAUAUGAAAACGCUUGUGCUGGUGCAGUUUCGGGCCUUGCGUGUCGAGGAUAUUUCUGCGGAAGAUUGCCCCGUUGAUAUCUGCGUUAUCCCUCGAGAUUAUGAUCCAAACAUACCGGAUCAAUGCACGAUGCAGUUCGCGCUGUACAGACUUGCCUGGCGGGGAUGGGUUCGUCUAUGCGCAACGUUGGAAUGCAGAGAAGACAGGCGGCCAGGAGAAUAUGUACGGGUGCCGACCCAUUUGAACCAUGGGGGCUUGACACGGAAGUACGAAUAUUGGUCAGGGACGCCGAUAUGGGUUGACCAUUAUGGCCGUCAAUACCUUGCUCAUCCAAGUGGAUGUCGGCGAGAUUUCGUCUACAGAUCUCGGCCCCGUCCGAAUGGUACCGCAGAGACACAGGGCUUUUGGGUGUGGAGGUCUCAGGAUGGACUGAUAGAAGAUACGCCAAAUGCUUUCAUUUCUGGCUAUUGAAAGCCAGUAUCAGGCCGGGGUCAAAGUGUAGCUCAUUGGAUGGAGGAGCCAGCUUUGGAUUUACAGACCCUAGCUCGAGACUACUUCAUAUUUCUCUACAUCAGAUGAGACUAAUAGUCUUGCAAUAAGAAGC